AUGGAAUCGAUGUCACGUACCAUGAGUUGCGAGUAUGUGAGCGCGAUCAAUAUUCAAUUACCGAACGAUUAUAAAUUUCAUCUACACUUUGUGAACGACAAAGCGUUGCUGUCCAGCGAAUUGUUGAAGUGGUCUCACAUCUUUUCACGAACCUCCGUCAUCGAAGAAGAAUGCCAAUCGCCGAUCUUUUCGUUCGGAUAUGCCGCUCACAAUGGACCUCAUACUUGGAAAACCUUUUAUCCAGAGAGUACUGGUUACAAUCAAUCGCCGAUCAAUAUCACCACGACCAUUGCGAUCGGAGAGUACGAUAAUAUCGAAUGGGUCGGUCAUAAUACAGUACCCUGUUCUAUGAUCAUGGCAAACGAUGGAAAUUCUGUUAUAGUAUGUGGUACUUGGUGUGGCCGUGCACAUCCCUUCAUCAAAGGAGGCCCUUUGACCGAUAUAUACAACUUUCAUUCGAUGAUGUUCCAUUGGGGCCCAUCGGACAACGAAGGAAGCGAGCAUACAAUCAACCAUGUCCGUUAUGCGAUGGAAUUGCAAUUCAUACACGUCAAGCGUGGCUUAUUUUCACCUCUCCAGGCAGUUUUACUAGGUGCAAAGGACGGAGUGGUGAUCGUGUCCUCAUUCUUUAACAUAAUGCCUGUUGACAAUCCUUACUUGGAUUGCAUAGUAACAAAUUUGAGAUACAUUACGCAACCCGGUAGCAAAGUGUAUAUACCACCUUUUCCUCUCUCAUGGCUACAUUAUACCGAAGGAAGGAAUUACUACGCCUAUCACGGUUCCCUGACUCAGCCACCCUGCAGCGAAAUUGUCACUUGGCUUAUCGAUCCUCUUCCAGUAGCAAUUUCCUCGAAUCAGGUCGCACAAUUUAGAGAAAUCCGUUCGAGCGAUGGAUUGCUUCUGACGAAUUGCAGACCGGUUCAAUACUUGAACGAACGUGACGUUUAUCAUUACGCAUAG